AUGGUUACCCGGCUCCGGAGAUCACCACCUUCAAUCAUGAUUAGAAGAAACGCCCGGGAGAGGCGCGAUUUUAUUUAUCGCAAGCAGCUUGAACUCCAAAAUGCUCAAGUCGCCGAGAAAAGAUCAAAGUUAAAGGCUGCUCUUGCCAGUGGAAAGCCACUCCCGAAAGAAAUAGUAGACGACGUCCAACUCCGAAGGGACUUUAAAUACGAUGAGUCCCGGGAAAGAGAUGGCGACGAGGCAGCCCAAGUCGACGACGAAUAUGCAACACUCUCGGGCAUCGUGGACCCCAAGAUCCUGAUCACCACCUCCCGCGACCCCUCUUCUCGCCUCCUCCAGUUCUCCAAAGAAAUCCGCCUCCUCCUGCCCAACAGCAUUCGAUUAAACCGUGGUAAUGCCGUUCUACCUACCCUCUGCGCUUCCUGUUUAUCAACCAGUACUUCCGACAUGAUCCUCCUACACGAACACAGAGGUACACCCACUUCUUUCACGAUAUCCCACUUCCCGCACGGCCCUACCGCGCUGUUCUCGCUGCACAAUGUUGUCUUGCGUCACGACAUUCCUAAUUCUAGCAGGGGGACUGUCAGCGAGAGUUACCCGCAUUUGAUUUUCGAGGGAUUCUCCACGCCGCUGGGGAAGAGGGUCGUUACAAUACUGAAGCAUCUUUUCCCGCCAAGGGAAGCGGGGAGGGCGAAGGAGGGGAGUAGGGUCGUUACCUUCGCUCUUACUGAGGGGGAUUACAUAUCCGUUCGUCAUCAUGUCUAUGUCAAGACGGGGUAUAGUUCGGUUGAAUUAGCGGAGGUAGGACCCAGACUGGAAAUGAAGCUCUUCGAACUGCGCUUAGGCACAGUUGACAACAAAGACGCUGAUUACGAAUGGAGACUGUCAAAUUACACGAGGACUGCAAGAAAGAGGGAUGUUCUGUGAAGUUUAUUUUCUAUGGGUUUAGCCCCGGUGUUUGUUUCCGUACAAAAAACUUUUCGGCUGUAAUAUGUUUUGAAUUUCAUUAAGGAUAGGUAAAGGGUUACUGAUUGAUCGGUUGGCUAGACGUGUCAAUCAAGCUUUCGCAUCGCCUCAUGGGAAACGGUACGCCCAAAAUCUCUAUAUAAUUCACACCCAUUUUAUUUGCA